UAAAGGCGUAUUACCGCUGUGGCUUGACUGCAAGACGUCCCAGAGGAUCCAGUCGAUGCACCAUAACUAAAAUAUCUUUCGAAGGGACGUAUAAAUAAUAUAGCAACAUUACCGAACGAAAGACGUAAGAUUACGAUUACUGGUUGCCAAGAAGACAGCUGCUCUUUUUUCCAAAGGGACUAGGAGCACAGUGUCUUCCACUGCAGUUGAAUUGCAGUCGUUUGGAGAGGUUUACUGUAUGAAGCUUUUAAGGCCUUUUUGUGCAGAUUGAUCGGCCACUCGAUGGGGAUUCACCGAGGAGCUCUCCCCUGCUUCGCCUCCUGCCCUCCACCCCGCUGCCUGCCCUCCCUCUUCUGCACCUCCUCCACACAAAUCAUGAAACUGGUAUUAACUGAAUGGCAAUUGAUAUGGAUUUUUACUGAUUCCAGUAGACAGUAAACGGGGGGGAAAGCAACACGGAAGAAAAGCCAUAUCUCAUUUUCACACGUCCUUUAUACCAAAUCAACCUGCCUGUGGGAUGCUGUUCUAGGCUACCAGGGCAGGCCCUCCUCGAGAAACAAAACAACACCUCUCUUGAGAAACACACAAAGAAUGUAUUAUACGCUUUAAGAGAUUAUUCCUACAUCCUGAUUACCACGUUUGGGGACGUCGAGAGCUUUACUUCGAGGACAAACACACUCCCGUCACCACAGAGCCGCUGGUGCUUGAAUACAGAUCCGUUGCUGAUUUAGUUUUAAAUCGGAUUGUUUCCUCUGGGGCCUGAGGUGUCGUGCGUUCGGGUGUUUGCAUGCCGAGGAAGAAGAAAAUGGCUCCCCAGAACACUGAUGUGGAUGCUAUGCAAGUGCAGGGGGUGAUGGUGGUCCCUUCUGCAAACAAAACCACCACAAGCCCUGCCUCCACAAGUGAUAAAGGAGGUUCAACAGGAGGAGGAGGAGGUGGUGUGGUCCUAGAGUCAUGCCAGGAGGAGUCUGUGAGCGAGGGGUCUAUAGACCGGAUCCCUCUUCGUCAGUGGGUGAUGCACGGCGGCGUCAUGUUCGGACGGGAGUUCUGCUACGCCAUGGAAACGGCCCUGGUGACGCCCGUGCUGCUGCAAAUAGGUCUUCCAGAACAGUAUUACAGCCUAACGUGGUUCCUGAGUCCCAUCCUGGGCCUGAUCUUCACGCCGCUGAUCGGGUCGGCCAGUGACCGCUGCACCCUGAGAUGGGGCAGGCGACGGCCUUUCAUCCUGGCCCUGUGUGUGGGCGUGCUGCUGGGAGUGGCCCUCUUCCUCAACGGAUCGCUCAUCGGGCUCGCCAUCGGCGACGUGCCGAACAACCAGCCCAUUGGUAUCGUGCUGACGGUCCUGGGUGUGGUGGUGCUGGACUUCAGCGCAGACGCCACGGAGGGUCCAAUAAGGGCUUACCUGCUGGAUGUGGCAGACACAGAAGAACAGGACAUGGCCCUCAACAUACACGCCUUCUCCUCCGGUUGUGGGGGAGCGGUGGGCUACGCGCUGGGCGGUCUGGACUGGACCCACACCUUCCUGGGCUCGGUCUUCAAGUCCCAAGAGCAGAUCCUCUUCUUCUUCGCUGCCAUCUUGUUCACCAUCUCCGUGGCGCUGCAUCUUUUCAGCAUCGAGGAGCAGCGCUACAGUCCCCAGCAGGACCGCCUGGAUGAAGAGGCAGACGGCGCCUCCACCACGGCCAACAAGGUUAACGGCUCCCUGGGGAGGUCCCAGAGUCAAAACCCCCCAAGCACGAUGCUCGUCGGAGAUGAUGACAUCUACGACCCUUGCGACCGCUACGGCUUCUACGGGAACGGCGAGGAGGACCGGCGCUCGUUGCGGGACAUGGACAUGGACUUCCUGGACGUGGAGAUGGCGAGAUCCAAGUCGGACUCCGUCCUGCAGAUGGCAGACGCCACACUGGAUCACCUGGACCACGACGCUCUGUUCCUGCGCCACAUCGAGCCGUCCAUCUUCGCCGACCGCCUGUCAUCCUACCACGGGUCCCCACCGCGGCGGAGCAGCAGCGCCGGCAGCCAGGACCUCCUCAGGACAUCCAAGAAGAUCAGCCGGCUGUCCCAGUUCCUUCAGGAGCAAGACCGGGACGGCGAGGAGGCGCUGCUGAACAACCAGCUGAACGAACAGAAGACGCCCAACGGCAGGGCCCACGCCAACGGCUUGGGCCAGGGUGCCAACGGGCACGCCUGUAUGGGCAUGAAGAACUCGGCGAGCACCAACGCCUCGAUGCGCCGCCGCCGCCACAUCUUCUACCGCCAGCCGUCCUGCACCUUCUCCUACUACGGCCGCGUCGGCUCCCACCGCUACCGCUACCGGCGGGCCAACGCCGCGCUGCUCAUCAAGCCGUCGCGCAGCCUCAACGACAUCUACGAGGCGCAGCGCCGGCAGAGGAGGAAGCAGCAGAACCCGCGGGCGCGCCACCAGUCGGGCAACACCAACUCCAGCGGCGACACGGAGAGCGAGGAGGGCGUCGAGACGGAGACCACGGUACGAUUGCUGUGGCUAUCCAUGCUGAAGAUGCCCCCGGAGCUGAUGAGGCUCUGCGCCUGUCACCUGCUCACCUGGUUCUCCAUCAUUGCCGAGGCUGUCUUCUACACCGACUUCAUGGGCCAGGUCAUUUACCACGGAGACCCCACGGCUCCUGCUAAUUCCACAGAGCUGCAGAACUACAAUAAGGGAGUUCAGAUGGGAUGCUGGGGACUGGUCAUCUAUGCCUUGACCGCCGCCUCCUGCUCAGCCCUACUGCAGAAAUACCUGGAUAACUUUGACCUCAGCAUCAAGGUCAUCUACGUCUUGGGUACCCUGGGCUUCUCCAUCGGCACCGCCAUCAUGGCCAUCUUCCCCAACGUCUAUGUAUCCAUGGUGAUGAUUAGCAGCAUGGGCUUCAUCUCCAUGAGCAUCUCCUACUGCCCCUACGCCCUGCUGGGGCAGUACCACGAGACCAAAGAGUACAUCCAUCACAGCCCCGGAAACUCCAAGCGGGGUUUUGGCAUCGACUGUGCCAUCCUGUCGUGCCAGGUGUACAUCUCUCAGAUCCUGGUGGCGUCUGCGUUGGGCGCGGCCGUGGACGCCACGGGCAGCGUGCGCGUGAUCCCCAUGGUGGCUUCCGGCGGAUCUUUCCUUGGGUUCCUCACCGCCUGGUUCCUGGUUAUCUACCCGAGCCACAGCGACAUGGAUGCCAAGGGCGAGCAGAGGGCCCUGACAGCGCCCGCGGCAGAGAACAGUGUCACGGAGAAACCCAGUCUUCUGAAGCUGACGAAGAAAGGCACCGCCACCACUACGUGCGAGGUUGAGUGCGAGUCCACUCUGUGAUUGGACCCCAUUGGCGUGGGGUUGGGGGGGGGGGUGUGGGCAUAAUGUUUCCAUAGCAAUGCAACAUCAUCAACAGUGUGGACUGGACUGGUCAGGGCUAACUGUUACCAUAGCAAUGCAAACAACAUCGACGUAUGACGAGAAGACAAGCCGACAUUCCCUAUUUCUCGCCGGCCGUUGCCACCGAAAGCUCCGCUGCACGGCAUGGAUCUGACCACCCCGCUCUUGAUGGGCCAGGAUGUGUGGAGAUUUCAUUUUUACUUUUUGGGGCCUCCCUCUCUUUUGUGUCUCAGUCUCCGGGCUGUGACGUGGAGAGGAGAGGGCAGCCGUCUCUUCCUCUCAGGGCCACCAGGGGCCGCCAUCGAGGCGGUCCGCCUGGACAAGGACAGUACAGGGGACAGUGGAUCCACACGCGACCGACCAAUGUUCACACGCAGAACAGGGAUCUCUCCGAAAAUACGUGCACUUCACUCACCGACUUCCAUGUAUGAGUCAAGGAAAAGAGAAAGAAACGUCUAAGAGACGUUAUAUUAUUCGAAUACACAAAUCAUGGAAAAAAUAAAAAAAAUAUCUUCCUUUUUGAUUGAAAAUGUUUUUUGACAUGGCGGUGCAGAAGGACAUUGCCAUAACCAAAUGUGACCAGGCGUGGUAUGAUUCAUUGUUUUAGUUUUUGGACUUAAAUGUCUAAGAGUUGCUGAACAUACAGGCAUAAGAGUUGCUUUCAUGGUUCAACUUCCCAUCUCCAGGUUGUGAAAGGGAGGUAGACAUGUAAAAUCAAUCAAUUUCCCUCAUGAUUUGAUUGUUACACUGGCAUGUUUUUAUAUAAUAUGUUGUAAUGACACCAGUUACACUAUCUCUACUUCUGGAUUCUGAGCCUACGUUUCAUCUUUCAGAAUAAAUUCAUCUGAGAUUUCAUCCUCAAGGGCAUUACCAUUGAUAGAGAACAGAAACCCUUAAAGAAAAGGUUUUUGGAGGAGGCAUCUCUAUGCUGCAGUGAUGUCACAGAGAAGUGCAUACCAAAGGCAGUGGAAGAGCAGAGAGGCGCUGUAAGGAGCUUGGAAGCUUUUCUGCCUCAGAGUGCUUUCAAGCUUCAUCCGUCUUUUUCUUCUUUGUCUUCUUUCAAGUGCAAUGUUAAUGGAUUGUGUAACUUGUUGCACAAGGUCAACUGUCAUAGUUUGUUUGAAAUUAGUAAUACUAGUUAAAUGUUUGGUCAAAUGUGGCAGUGCCUGCUUGUUGAGUUGAGGGGGAAUUGUGAAUUUGAAAGUUAGGGGAUGAAAGCAGAACUUCAACUGUGCAGGAAUUCAAAUAGAAAGUCCUACCACAUAGCUAGCUAGGUCUUCUAUUUUUAUUUUUACGAUGUAAAAAAAAAAAUGUUUUUACUAGUUUACAGCUUAAUCAAUUUUGGGGUGCGUUUGAGGCAUGAGAAGAUUUGCACACAAAACAGAUGCCGUCCCACAAAAUGCUGGCCGAAGAAAUUGGGUCCCCGCUGAAAAGCUUUGAAUAGCGCUGUUCUAACUAAAUAAUAACUAAGUAAUGCGACUUGAUAGAAGAGUGUCAUUGUAGUUUGUUUACAUUUGACACCUGGUUGCUGCAUGGUUUGAGAAGUGUGGCGGAUUGCGCCCUGUUGAGCUGUACCCUUUAGCAGCCCUAGCUAAAUGUUAACCCACCAUGUUGUCUAGAAAUGGCCUACAUAAUGUACACACACACUAAAGCAAGAAUGGCUGCGUGUUGCAUUUUUGUGUAUCGAACAUGACUGGCUGACAGGGGAAACUAGUAGGAGUAGAGCUCCUCUGUGAAACUGAUUGGGGCUCAAAUGUAAUGGUCCAACUCAUCUGUCUAUUAUGUAUAUGCUGGUUAUGGCUUUGCCGGCCGGAGCUUUUGAGAGCUGGGACUAUCAAUAAUUGUCCACGUUUGCUGUAUUUCAACAGGGGUGUCAAACUCAUUUUGCCCAGAGGAGCUGGACACAGUGGAAAAAGAUUAAAAAUGUAGGUCCAUUAAGAUUAACAGUUUUGAUUUGGUUUUACAUAUUGUAAAGUAUAUUCUGUUUUUCAUUUUCAUUAUUAAAGCCUCAUGCAGGCUGGAUUGGAGCCCCUCAUGGACUGAAUCUUGCUGUAUGCUUGGCACCCCUGGUAUACAAGAUAGUGCUACCUUCCACUACAUGUUGAUUAUAUUAAACAGUUACAGAGAAAAUUGCUGUGCUCUUGUUGAAGAUACAUGAUCCAUAGAAGUAUAUUCAUGCAAAUGUAAUUUAACCUUUAUUAGUGAAUAUUAAAGAUAAACAGUGAGCGCAAAUCUUUUCAAAAUGAAAACAUUUUGUUUCUCUGAUUUUUAAUCAGACGAUUGCUGCAAUAAUGUUUUCUGCCUCAGUAAGAAAGACUGGAAGUGUUAAGACUCUGGAGUUGGGUGAGCUUAUAUAAAGCAUAGGGGGAUGUAUGCAUGUAUGUCGUAGUUAUAUGAAAAAGAUAAACAACAAACGUACUUGUAGCUAAAGAAAGCGUAGCAUUGGUUUGGUCUUGAACAGAACAACCAUGCUUUGAAUACUAUACAGUGAAUACUUGAAGUGCAACUUGAGUGUUUCUAAGAUGCAAGGAAGUGUAUGAUAAAUUUCCUGGACCUCAUGCCAUUGACUCUGGAAUGUUGAGAUCGAGUUGAGGCCUAUGUUUUAAGGCCUCCUGGGUGCUGGGGUUUCCUUGGUUCCAUCAGGUGACAAUGUAAAAGUUAUGAAUGUAAAAUCUUAGUUGUAUUGGUGUUUUAUGACUGGCAGAGUGUCUGACAUUGCACAUAACUUGCACAUACAAAGUAUGAAGAAAAAAGAAUCAUCUAAACUGUGGAUAUUUAUUUUUUGAGCUCUUUUCUGGUAAAAUGGAGAAGUUCACUUUAUUUAAAGAUUUAUACAUAUAGAGAGAUAUAUUUACAGUUGUAACGAAUUCUAGAGUUAUCUUACAGUAAUCAGAGGACCGGAAUGUGUUUUAAUGGUGUGGUUGUUGAAGAGAGUGUGUGUGUAUGUGAUUGUGUGUGUGUGUGUGUGAAUGUAUUUCUUAGAUUUCAAUCUCACCAAUCUCACCUUUUUCCUGUUCCAUUCGUCUCCACAAUCAUCUGGUUUACAAUUAACUUUAUUUUCAAAGCUUGAGGUUAUGCUGAAAUACCAACAUUUAAAACCUUUUCAUAGAAAUGUAUUUUUCCUCUUUUGAUAGUGAAACGCUAUCACACAUCCCUUAUGUUAAAAUAGCUUUAUAAGAUUAACUGAUUUUAGCACAGUGGAGCUGCAUAAAACAUUUUCCUUUACUAAAAUUAGUCACAGUUACUUAAAUAUUAAAGAAUGGGGAAAACAGUAUUUGCAGAGUACUAUAUGCCUUGUCAUUUGAAAGUUGUAAAUAUUAUAAUUUAGUUUAUUUUGCUGCUAUAAAAAAGCUGAUUAUUUUUAUUAGUUUUUUUUUCUAUGAGGACUGUAUAUACAUUCUGUAAAUACGCUUGAGCCUUCAUAUGUAAAACUAUGGAAGAACACUGUAUUGAAUGCACCUUUAAAGAAAACUCUUAAUAACCAA